CUGCCUGCCCCUCUCUCCAGCUGCCAAGAUGUCGAUGACUGACAUUCUGAAAGCGGAGGACAUCAAGGCGGCUAUGGACGCUUUCAAGGCUGCCGAGUCCUUCGACCACAAGAAGUUCUUCAAGAUGGUGGGUCUGAAGGCCAAGUCGGCCGAGGAUGUGAAGAAGGCCUUCAAAGUGCUGGACGUAGAUCAGAGUGGCUUCAUUGAGGAGGAUGAGCUCAAGUAAGGAAGGGGUGGUUGGGGGG